UUAUAACGCAGUAGCCGAUUAUUUUACAUGGAAACCUGCAUUCAUUACACUGUAGAGAGUUGUCAUAUUGCUCGUUCACUGGGGGCGGAUACAAUCAACGUCAGUCAAAAAACACGCUUGGAUAUUUAUUUAUUCGCAAAAGAUUGAUACUCUUAAGGUGUAGUUCAUCUCUUUAGACUGCAGCCCUGAUGGUGUAGCUGAGCCUGGCACAAUGAUGGCCUCACAGGUACCCCCGGCGCCCCAAGUUGAGCGUGGGUCAAGGGGGAGCCGGAGGGACAGGAGGGAGGAGAGGGGGGACAGCACUGCCCGGGACCCACUGCAGCUCCAGGCUGAUAUCGAAGCCCUCACGGCAGCCGGACACCGAGCUCUACUGGGGAGAGACACGGUGGAGGCAUUGGCAUGCUUCAAGAAGGCUUUCCUGACUUCCCUGCAGGUGAAGGAAGCCCAGGUACAGCGAGCCUGUGCCUUCAACCUGGGAGCUGCCUAUGUGGAGGUGGGGAAGCCAGAGAAAGGUCUGGGCUUCCUGCAGCGAUCGCAGCCCCCGGGCGAGGGGGGAGAGGGGGUUGGUGAGAAGCGGGCGGACCUGCACUUCAAUCUGGGGGCGGCCCACGAUGCCCUGGGGCAACACACCACUGCGGCCGAGCACUACCGCCAAGCCGCCGAGCAGUAUGGGAGCAGAGAAGGGGGGAGGAGCGAGGCAGAGGCGCGCAUGAAGCUGGGAAACUGUCACCUGCAGAUGAAGGAGCCUGCCAUGGCAGCCCACAGCUUCCAGAGAGCAGGGGAGUGCUACAGGGCAGCAGGGUGUGUGGAGCCAGCAGCCACGGCGCUCAGGGAGGCUGCAAACCACAUGCUGCAGAGCCAGGACUUCACUGCUGGGGAGAUCGAGCGUGUGCUGGGGGAGUGCAAGGAGCUGUGUGAGAGAAUCCACAACAAGGAGGGGCUAGGGAACCUGUACAAUGACGUGGGACUGAGCUUCUGCCAGCUCAAGCGCUUCUCUGAGGCGGCGGUGUGCUUCGAGCGAGCCUUGCCCCUGUCUGCAGGAGGGGAGGGGGGAGACCGCAGGAGGGAGGCCGUAGUGCUGCAGAACCUGGGGGCCGUCUACAACUCUCUGGGGGAGUACAGCCAGGCACAGAGCUUCCACAGGGAGGCAGCAGCCCUGCAUGGCUCCCGGGGGAACCGCAGCGCUCAGGGGCAGUGCUUCUGUAACCUGGCGUUUGCUCUGAGCCAACUGGAAGAGCAUGAAGACUCUGCGGAGAAUUACCUCCACGCACUGCAAGCGUUCCGAGACACCGGAGAUUUCCAUGGGCAGUGGCAGGCGUGUGAGGGGCUGGGAGCUGCUAAGUUCCGCCUGGGAAACCCGGAGAAAGCAAUGCUGUAUUACAAGGAAGCGCUGACUCUGCUGUCCAAGAGCAAGGACUCCUCGAGCUCGGCUCACGAGCGCAUCGUGAACAAGCUGACAGACGCCAUUCAGUUCAAACUAUCCACUCAGAGCCGCUACUCACACGCGAGAGGGAUCCAGCCAGCCACGCCCUUCAAGCUCCUCCCAGGAAGUGGCCCCGCCCCCCGACAGACCCCUCCCUCAUAUGUCGUCAGAGAGCUCAGUCAGCAGGGAGCCCCCCAGUUGAGCAGGGGCCCCCAGCCCACUGAGCCCCAAGGAGACCAGCCCGAGCCAGGCCACAGGGGCCAGGGGGCGGAUUGCUGCAGCCAGCCCAGGGAAGAGACCUCACAACCGGCAGAGGAGCCAGGUGCAGAGGGCAGGACAGGCUGUGACAGUGUGGUGACACACCCGGAUUCAGAGCUCAGCGACAGACCAGACACAGAACCCCAGUACCAGACUGUGCAGCCUCAGGCCAACAGGAACCUGAACAACACUUACCUGCAGCCGGACCCCCAUUACCAGAACGACCGCCUGAGCGGGACCCUGCUGCCCACACAGAGGAGCGAGCACCUGUAUGAAACAGUAAAGCCAGGAGCCCUGCAGGCUGACAGAGACAGGCCUGUGGAUCACAGCUCUGAGAUCUCCUGCAUUAGUGACGAACAGCACAGCAAUCAGACAGCAAGCAGGCGAUCCAGGCUGUGUGCUGUCAUGUGAACAGUGAAGAAGAUAUGUGACGGCUUCAUGAUGCACAAUGUCAACUUAUAUACAGAGUGUGUGUGUGUGUGUGUGUGUGUGUGUGUGUGUGUGUGUGUGUGUGUGUGUAUAUAUAUAUAUUAGGGAUGUCAGUUAAUCACAGUUAACUUCUGCAAUUAACAUGUUCAUUUCUUUGGCGAUUCAUUUUUUAAACACGUGUUAAUCGCACUCCCCUGGUUUGACCCUCUUAGCACACCGUAACUCACUGCCUGCUGCCCCAUGUUCAAGUGCAUGCAACGCAAUGAGUGCAGUCGAGGUUUGCAUAGAAAUUUAGAAAGUCAUUAUGGAGCAAAGCACUACAAGUAUAAUACUAUAAUAGAAUCUACAAUGAAUGAAUAUAACCCUUUGUCACAAAGACGGCCAGAGUGGGUUGCGUCAGACCAGAAAGGAAUUCAAACAAAGACAGUGGUUGUGAUGAGCUGAGUGCAAUGGCUGCACUCAGCGUUUAAUAACAAAAUAAAAGGUUUAAACAACGGAAUACAAAACAGGACACGGCACUUGACGCCAAAAUAAACAGACAGACAAAACGGACUAGACAGUGCACAACACACAGACGAACAAACACGGUGAGUGAAAACACUUUAACUAUUAUUAUUCUUAUUAUUAUUAUUACCUCCGUCUCCAAUCCCGUUCUCCACUCACCGAACACCUAACCCUGAGUGAAAGAAACGUGCAUCUAUAUAUACUGUUGUGCUGGGAUUCAAUUACUAAUUAAUUAUUCACUUGAAUCCCAGCACGUGAAUUAGUUCUGUGCAACCCCGUGCCUAAAUACAAAUCUACACUUUAAACACACGUGAAACACAGACCCGUUUAUAUCCCGUGUACCAAUCUAUACACCAACAUUAACAUACGCACGCAUACAUACAACAUAGAACACACAAAUGCACACAGGGGCGGGGCACUUUGCCACACCCUUACUCAAUGAAUGCUUUGUUUUAUUUAGAAUUUUAAGCUAUCAAUAAAAGAUAAUACCCUUUUUUAAAAUGGCAAUGAAACAUCAGUAAAGGACACCAUUUCAAAGGAAACUGAUUAGAAAAUAUAUAGUAUAAUUUGAAAUGUAUUAAGGUGAGUAAUAAACUAACUCCAUUGUGAGGUGUUUCUAUGCUGGGUAGUUUUUUUGAUGAUGAUAAUAAUAAUAAUAAUAAUAAUAAUAAUAAUAAUAAUAAUAUCACUAAUAAAACAAAUGAGAUGGAUGCAGUAAUUGUAUCAAUUAAAACCAAGAUUACAUUUUUAAUCGAGAGAUUAAUCGCGAUUCAUUUUUUAAUCGCUUGACAGACCUAAUUUUGUCUAAAAUGUCCUGAAAUAAAGGAUUUUCUAAUUUUCUAAAUCUUUCAUUUUAAAUUAUUGUUUUUUAUAUAUCUCGGGAAGCACUGUAAAGCACAGAGCGGCGUGGUACUGAAGCAUUGGGAAGCACUGUAAAGCACAGAGCGGUGUGGUACUGAAGCAUUGGGAAGCACUGUAAAGCACAGAGCGGCGUGGUACUGAAGCAUUGGGAAGCACUGUAAAGCACAGAGCGGCGUGGUGCUGAAGCAUUGGGAAGCACUGUAAAGCACAGAGCGGUGUGGUGCUGAAGCAUUGGGAAGCACUGUAAAGCACAGAGCGGCGUGGUACUGAAGCAUUGGGAAGCACUGUAAAGCACAGAGCGGUGUGGUACUGAAGCAUUGGGAAGCACUGUAAAGCACAGAGCGGCGUGGUACUGAAGCAUUGGGAAGCACUGUAAAGCACAGAGCGGUGUGGUACUGAAGCAUUGGGAAGCACUGUAAAGCACAGAGCGGUGUGGUACUGAAGCAUUGGGAAGCACUGUAAAGCACAGAGCGGUGUGGUACUGAAGCAUUGGGAAGCACUGUAAAGCACAGAGCGGCGUGGUACUGAAGCAUUGGGAAGCACUGUAAAGCACAGAGCGGCGUGGUACUGAAGCAUUGGGAAGCACUGUAAAGCACAGAGCGGUGUGGUGCUGAAGCAUUGGGAAGCACUGUAAAGCACAGAGCGGUGUGGUACUGAAGCAUUGGGAAGCACUGUAAAGCACAGAGCGGCGUGGUACUGAAGCAUUGGGAAGCACUGUAAAGCACAGAGCGGCGUGGUGCUGAAGCAUUGGGAAGCACUGUAAAGCACAGAGCGGUGUGGUGCUGAAGCAUUGGGAAGCACUGUAAAGCACAGAGCGGUGUGGUACUGAAGCAUUGGGAAGCACUGUAAAGCACAGAGCGGCGUGGUACUGAAGCAUUGGGAAGCACUGUAAAGCACAGAGCGGUGUGGUGCUGAAGCAUUGGGAAGCACUGUAAAGCACAGAGCGGUGUGGUGCUGAAGCAUUGGGAAGCACUGUAAAGCACAGAGCGGCGUGGUACUGAAGCAUUGGGAAGCACUGUAAAGCACAGAGCGGUGUGGUACUGAAGCAUUGGGAAGCACUGUAAAGCACAGAGCGGUGUGGUACUGAAGCAUUGGGAAGCACUGUAAAGCACAGAGCGGCGUGGUGCUGAAGCAUUGGGAAGCACUGUAAAGCACAGAGCGGUGUGGUG